CCCUGUGACGUCACUAGCAGAUGGCAUGGGUACCAGCUCUGGCAGUUGGCAUCAAUGUCACUUUUUAGAGAUCAAUGAGAUAGUGCAGAUACACACAGAUCUAGAGACUCCAGGAGACGAUGCGACACUCAGCCUGAAAAGAUUUGGAAGAUCCAAAAUGAAAACUGAUUAUUGAAUGAAAUUAAAACCUAAGGUAAUUUAAGGUUAGAGAACCAUGUUAACACUACCGUUUGAUGAGUCUGUUGUAAUGCCAGAAUCCCAGAUGUGCAGAAAGUUUUCUAGAGAAUGCGAGGACCAGAAGCAAAUUAAGAAACCAGAAAGCUUUUCCAAACAGAUUGUCCUUCGAGGAAAGAGCAUCAAAAGGGCCCCUGGAGAAGAGACUGAGAAAGAAGAAGAGGAGGAAGACAGGGAAGAGGAAGAUGAAAACGGGUUGCCCAGAAGGAGGGGUCUUAGGAAAAAAAAGACGACCAAGCUCCGACUGGAGAGGGUCAAGUUCAGGAGACAGGAAGCUAACGCGCGGGAGAGGAACAGGAUGCAUGGCCUCAAUGAUGCCCUGGACAAUUUGAGAAAAGUGGUUCCCUGCUAUUCUAAAACCCAAAAACUGUCCAAAAUAGAAACUUUACGACUGGCCAAAAACUACAUCUGGGCACUUUCUGAAAUUCUGAGAAUCGGCAAGAGACCUGAUCUGCUCACGUUCGUCCAAAACUUAUGCAAAGGUCUUUCCCAGCCAACUACAAACUUGGUGGCAGGCUGCUUGCAGCUCAAUGCCAGGAGUUUCCUGGUGGGUCAGGGCGGGGAGGCUGCACACCACACAAGGUCACCCUACUCUACCUUCUACCCACCCUACCACAGCCCUGAGCUCACCACUCCCCCAGGGCAUGGAACUCUUGAUAAUUCCAAGUCCAUGAAACCCUACAAUUAUUGCAGUGCGUAUGAAUCCUUCUAUGAAAGCACUUCCCCUGAGUGUGCCAGCCCUCAGUUUGAAGGUCCCUUAAGUCCUCCCCCAAUUAACUAUAAUGGGAUAUUUUCCCUGAAGCAAGAAGAAACCUUGGACUAUGGCAAAAAUUACAAUUAUGGCAUGCAUUACUGUGCAGUGCCACCCAGGGGUCCCCUUGGGCAGGGUGCCAUGUUCAGGUUGCCCACCGACAGCCACUUCCCUUACGACUUACAUCUGCGCAGCCAAUCUCUCACCAUGCAAGAUGAAUUAAAUGCAGUUUUUCAUAAUUAAUGAGGAAAAUGAAAAUAAACAGUGGUCAUUCACCUCCCCCGUCUAAUUAAGACAAAGCAGAUGCUUGUGGGCUGAAUAAUUGGCACAACUCUAUCUAAGGUGUUUACUAGUUUCUGGAGUGUGUUUCAACUAUUGUGAGAAUUUUCUAUGUAAUAAUAAAUCUCUUUUCCUAUGAGAACUUCUUUUCCUUUCCUUUUGUUCUGUAAAGCACUGUGAUUUUGUUUCUACUGGAAGGAUUUAUUUUUCAUGUUUUAUUUUCUUUUAAAUUCAUUUGUUUGAGCAAGGUGUCUAAGAAUAUACUGUUGAAUAAAGACAUGCACACAGCAUAAUUCAAUGUCUACUUCAGUUGUACAGUAAGUAAUUAUGAAAAUGCAUGUUAUUAAAAUCAAAUGAAUAAAAUGUGUUUAUAAUUAUUAGGAA